GUUAUGUUUUGUAAUUUUAAAAAAAAUAUUUUUCCUGCUGAUUGUAUGUUGAUAAUAAUACAGUAACGAUGUCUGAAAAGCCAGCAAAAGUGAAAACUAAGAAAAAGCAACGUAAAUCCGUAGAAACUUGUAAACCCACAGCUACGAAAGUGGAUAGUAAAAAAGGCACGGGAAAAAAACGAAAGGGCCCUCCAAAUGAGCAAGGUCCUAGUACAGUAAAAUCAAAAAAGUCCAAAAGUGAAACUCCCAAAGCAGUAGAUCCGCCCCCGUCUAAAUCUUCAAAGAAACGACCUAAAAACACGGACGAAGAAGACGAUUUGGAAGAAUGGGCCGACGAUUCAAACAAUGAACUGUCCUCAAAUAUUUCCACCUUCUCCGGAAAAUUUGGUGUUGGCACAACCCCUAAGAUUGAUCCCUUCAACUUGGAGACCUCACAUUUUAACUUCGUCCGUUUAGUUACAGACGAAAUAUCAUUGGAAGGUUUAGACGGAAUUACAUUGGAGGCACUGUGGACUCGCAUUUCCUUCACUCUUAAAUAUAAGGAUCCGCUUCCAAACACAAUCCGAAAUUUUGCUUGGAAUAUUGCAAGGUUUUCUAAUGAUAUUCAAUUUUUUAAGCUGCAAGAGUCUCGAGAGAAGUUACACAUAUAUGAUCGGUAUAAAGAUAGAGAUCUCGUACUCGGCGAAGUCAUUGAUCCUGUUGAAGCACCAUUGGAUAUCUACCCAUUUUGCCCUGUUAAAGAACAAAAUGCUUUAGGAUCGGCUUCGUCGUUUGACACUCGUGUUAAUAUUAGUAAUGAGGUUCGUUCCAUGUAUUUAGAGGAAGUGGAGAAAAGUUAUGGAUCUCAGUUGGUCCUGGUUGGAACACAGCGUUGUAGAAAAAAAGCAAUUGUACAUGGACUGGUUGAUCCCAAUGUGGAAUUCAGCUCGAUUCAGUACUGUCUACUUGAGCGUAUCGGCCGUUCUAGAACAUUUGGAGAGAUUACUCAGGGAAAAGUUUCAUUGCAAGUGAUAAGCAAAGACCCAAAAACGCUGUUUUACAAUCGUAAGAUUCUAUCGGAGAACAAUGUAAUAAUGAAACAACCGUUUAAUAUAAAAACUCUAUACGGCAACCACAUAAGCGGAACGUUGCUGCAUCUAUACAGGUUUUAUAAUGAACAAAAGACCAAGACCGAAGUAAUGACUCAACAGAUUGUGGAAGUUUUGCGUAACAAACCAGGAUAUCGCAUUGAAUACGCCGAGGCGAAAGAAAUUUUUGGUUAUCCUGUCGCUCUAAAAAAGCUGUUUAAAUUGCCCGAGUUCCAGCGUUUUGUCAAGACUGACAUGCCAUGUUUCAGUCGAGACCUUUAUCCGAAUGAUUCGUCCAAAUGGAUUACUUCCAGCAACAAGGAGCGAGUAGUACGAACAUUAGAAUUAGUAAAUCCGAACGUUAACGUCUCAGGCGCGUGGAAUGAGGAUGAAGCGAAAGAGGAGUCGUCAGAUGAGGAAGUGACACAGGAAUUGAUGCAUAAAAUUCCCAUUUUGCACCAAGUUUACGAUUUCAUCAAAUUAGGGGGCCGUGAAGGCAGAUCAAUAAAAGAUAUACUUGUGUGUAAAGGUUUGGAUUUUUACACGACGCGUGCGGCUGUAAACCAACUUGUCAAUUUAAAGCUGGUUGAUGGUGUUAAAAUUGAUAUUGGCAGACAAAGGCAAAUUAAGUAUCGCACAAUCAGUUUUCGCCCCUACAAUUUGGAAGUAGCAAACCAAGAAAGUCAGAGGGAAAAAGAACAGCUUGAGGUCGAUGCGAUUAAUUUUUUGUCCGAUUUGCUCGAAGUAGAGCCAACCUACCUUGCUACCUCCCAUAUUCCCCAACAGCCCGACUUAAUGGUUCCCGACGAUAAUUACACUCUCAUCAAAAAGUUACGUCAACAAAAUAAGCAGAAGAAGGAAAAUACAGAAAGUAUGGCGAUUUUGAUGGCCACUUAUAAAAAUGAACAUGGAUACACUGAUCAACCGAAUGGAUAUGUCUUUAAUAACGAAAUUAGUUUGCCACGCGAUAUUUGUCAAGGUAUAAUUAAAUCAUGCGCAAAGCCGCAAUGUUCCGAUGUAGAAGUCAGAAAAAAAAGGUUGACCAAAUUUUGUUUAACUCUCAAAGAGAAAAAUUUAUCGGAGAUCGGUGAUGUCAGGGCAAUGUAUGAAAGUUUGAAUUGUCCUCUAAAUUAUGAUGGGCUCUUGAGUGAAAGUUAUCGCAAACUGUUAUACAAGGUCCUAAAAUUAUCACAGCGGCUUAUGAUCAGUUUGGAGUACAGAGUUAUUCAGUUAGCACCCCGAAAACACUAUCUGUGCAAAAAUCAACUUUCAUCAAAAGAGCUUCAAAAAUUUGAACAAGACCACCCUAGCAUAAGUAAAGUAGCCAUCGAAAUUCAACCAUCACCACAACAAAAGGGUGGCAGUAGUAACCAGAAGGCAGCAGAGGAAGAAGAUGGCGCUGAGGUUGUGAUUAAAGAAAUAUACAUGGGGCCUAAUCCGACAUUAGCGUAUCAGUCUGUUGACAAUGAUGGCAUACAUGUAUCAGUGUGGAUGUCUACUAAACCGGAAGAGUUUACUACUUGUGAUCUAUACGUCAAGGAGAAUAAUGCGACGAUACGCACUAUGAAGCGGGCCAAUUGGAUUUUGAAUGCUGUUCAUCAGGAAUUAGUGAUCACCGACAUUUACAGGUUGCAUAAGGCAAUUCAAGCUCAAGACAGAGAGGAGGGUUACAACGUUAAAGCGGAUCGUAAGUCCUUCCAGCGCAUUUACACGCGGUUAGUUCGCGGAGGUCAUAUCAAGAUAUUACAAAUUUAUCUAAAAUCUCCGCAGAUCAAACGUAUGGUUACUGUGUUAUGUGAUCCUUCUCUAGAUGUUCACCACAGCAUCAUAGAGUCAGUUAUUGAACAGUUCAAGAUGAAGUUUUUCAUUGUUCAUAAAAAAGAACCUUCUGUCUCCACACCACGUGCAUCCAUAGUGGAAAAGGUGCCUCUGUUUGAAACAACUCAGGUGUCGACUAGUGUUGGUGAGCUAAAACAGCUGUCGGAGCAAGAGCCGGAUUAUGUGUAUGAUCGAAACUCUGGAAAGGAGUACGGAUACCAGCCUAAGUUUGUACGAAUGCGUACAUUGCACGAGCUUCUCUUCUAUCUCAUUUACACCCACCCAAGCUCGCGGGAAGUUAGUGACGUACCGGAAAUGUUGGCUGAGGUUGAUAUUCAUUUAAAUGAAGAUGAUGUCAAAGAAAUGCCGCCUGUAUAUUGUAGGGGAGUUAGUUGGAAAAUGUUUAUGUCGCCAUUACCUUGCCACAGUGGGUGGCCGGAAGGAUGGGCGUUGGUGUGUGACAUCUUAUUACGUUUACCUUUAGUCAUCUUCUUAAAGCUGUGUAAUGUUACAUUUGUCAUACCUGAACUAUCGACGUACUUAAAGCAUCCGGUUAAACAAUUUUAUCUGCUGAAACAUUUACCCAGCCAAUUGCGUUCCGGGCUUAUUUACAAGAGGAAGUAUUUGUUUGCCAUACAUGAAACAUUGUGCAAAUUGUGUUAUAUUGGACUUUUACAGUUUGGUCCACAGAAAUUAAGGGAAAAAGAUCAGGUUUUCAUCUAUUUAAAUCGAAACGCCUCCCUACUGGAUACAAUUACGUCUAGUUCAGGAUAUCAUUACAUAGAGGAGAAGGAGUAUACAAGGAAAUUGUUUCACUUCCAUUCCAUCACGGACGUGGAAUCUUACUGGUAUGAAAUGUGGAGUAUAUGUGCUCAUACCAAACUGGGACUGCGUAACGCUGUUGUUGGUACUUACAUUACAAUUGAGCAUUUAGAAACGAAGGCUUCUAUGGUGGAGGCAGUGAAGCCCCAAACUACUGAAUCUGUUAUACUGAAUGACAAAGGAGUUUUGCCUGGCGACCAACGUGGCGCUGCCGGAUUGGACUCCGCACUGUGGUCGCACAUUAAACGGAACUGGAUUUGGGGUUCAGGUCGUAGACCUCCCCCUCGACAGUCAGAGAAAAGAAUUUUGGCCAAAAAGAAGAAACUGGCCAAGUUUCAAAUGAUUCCGCAAACUCGAGUGAUAAAGCUAGCCCGACAAUCUAAAAGGUUUAUUGUACGUAAAGUAAAGAUUCGAGCAGACAGGAAGGAUCAACGGAAAGGCUAUGAUUCUGUGGAUAAAAAACUGAUGGCCGAUUUGAAACAGUGCCGUUCGGAGUGGACAGGUGAAGAAGAUCGCUUAUUGCAUAUUUGUAAAAUCAUAUCCUCAUUUCUUUGUCCAAAUUUUCGCAAGCAAAUUGUGCAUUAUACUGUAAUUCGAGACACUAUGCACCAGUUGUUGAGAGCCAGCCGCAAUAAAACAUCCGGUGCUUGUCAGAGGCGUAUUAACGUACUGUUAGGGUCCGUCGAACAACAAGAACAUCUCCAACAAAUAUCCAAAACUUUAACACACAUUCCUUUUGUUAGGAAGUAUUUUCAAAGGUAUUACGAACAUGUGCAAGCAGGGAGGAGUCUGGCAGAUAAACAAUUAAAAGGCGCCUUUGUACUUUUAGUAGCCUACUUCCACAAAAACCAACAUAAACUUCAGCAUAUCUUCGAAGCAAUUAAUCUUACUACGCAUGUAGAGCCCAAACAUUCGGAAAAUGAUGAUUCAGCAAGGAAAAAAUCCUACCCAGAUCAACAGGGGCAGCUUGACGUGCUGGGUUAUGAAAGCUUAGAACCUUCAACUCGAUCGAAUAAAACGCCACAGGUAUACCCCGAAAGUUCCUUUCCUGUGACUGAAAACGACGUUGUUCUAGACACUAUUAAAUCUAUCAUUCAUAGUACGGUUGCGGGUAAACCGGACGACAUCAGUUGCAUUUACCAAUUUUUCCGCGUCUAUCAAAACUAUUCCGAUGAUCUCCUGAAAACCGCAGUAAACGAAUUGCGCAACUCUCAGAUGGUAAUCGCAGUGAAACGGUUCACCUCAAAGAAGCAACAGCAUGACAUCAAAGGCAUUCCCGUAACAUCCAAGCUUUUCCAUUUCUCGUUUUACUACAAUUAUAUUCAAAUUACAAAGUUUCCAGUGGAAUUAUUUCUGGAUGCGCACGAAAUGUUUCUCGGCACUCAAAAGCAUCGUGAGGCGCUUACGGAUCGAACGCGCAACGGAUUGCCGAUGGAAUGUUGCUCGCAAGGUCACGGAAUUGGGUUAUCCGAAAUUGCAACCCAAGUGAAGGCAUACUUUACCAUUGAUUUUCCGAAGGAGGUCCUAAUUCUCAAUCCCUCCAUUACCGAUCACACAGAAUUAAUUCGAGAAUUGGCGAUUCGCUAUAAGAAAAUGCUACAUUUAAUUAAAAACGGCACGUUUUUCAAAGAAGAUCAACAAGUCCAAGUCGAGGGUAACGAGAGGCAAUUUAACAGAGUUCCGAUGAUUCAGAGAUUUUUGAAGUCGUGGUUUUUAUCAGAAGACCAUUCAGAACCUAACAGUGACAUCGACUACAGUUUCAGACACGUGCUGUUUGAUGACGAAAGCUGUUCAAAGAAAGGCGAUAAGAAACAGAAGCGUAACGCGCAAAUUACAACUGAGGAAGGGCAAAAAAUAUUGGACUCCUUCAAUAAGGAGAUACAUCAACAGCAUUUGCAAGUUUCCGGCAAGACGGAAAAUUUGAAAACAACGACGCCCGCCUCAAGCGAAAGCUUCGAGAAUUACGAGAAGAAACUGGAGAAACUUUUGAGUAGUAAAGAAGACGAUGAGGCAAACUCGUCCCAGAAGGAUGAUAAGAUGCAAAGCGAAGGGGAUAAUCUUUUAGAGAGAUAUUUGCCUAAGGCGACUGGGGUCGUUGAUAUUCAACAAACUGACACGGAGGCGCCGGAGGAUGUCGAAUUGGUACACUAUUCCGAAGGAGAGCUUUCGAGCGGUGGUAAAGCACACUACUUGAUGGACGAUGAGCUGUCCAUCGAGCAGAUUAUGAACGAAAUGGUCGCUGAUUGUGAUCCAGAGGAGCGAAGAGUGCCUAAUCCGAUUAAUUUGUCACGGCUACUGGUGACUGGUUUGUUUCCAGACCUGGAUGAAGACGAAGAAAGACUGGAGAGAUUACAUCAGCACUUUUUAAUUAUCUGUCCGGAUACCAAUUUAAUACUAGACCGUUUUGAGGAUAACGAAAGCCUUAGUUAUUUACAUAUUGAACAUCCAUUGGUAUGCAAAAGACUUUUGAGGAAAGUACAAAAGGACAUUAUCUUAAGUGACGCUCUUCCCCAAAGUAGUGAAAUUGGAAUUAAAUUGGAGAGCUUAGGAUGCAGCACGGAGGAUAAGUCAAUCGUAGAUAAUUUAAUUGAUUUCAUCUCAAAAAAACACGUAGUGGGAGCAUCGGUUAGAGAAUUAAAGAAACACUUUUUGAAUGUGGACGAUACCAAACUGGUGGCUUUACUGAACAUAUUGGUAGAAAUGAACGUUAUUCUACGAGCGGGAAUAAUCUACACCGUGUUUGUUCACUACAAGCAUAGGAAAUCGUGGCUUGUGGAAAGCUGUACAUUGGAAGACAAUGAUAGGCAGAAAUUAAAAGUAUCUAAAGAUGAAGAAUCACAAGAAGUGGACCUUCCUACCUUAGCUAGAUCGUUAGACUCUUACACGGAAAUUAAACUGCAUAUUAGACCAUGGGCACGAAUAGACGGGACGUUAAAUUUGCGGAUAUUUGAGAAAUGGUUGACAACUGUGCUCGGUUACUGUCUCGCGGAAGCAAGCAUGUUAUUUACAUGCAUCAGUACCCACCUUUGUUAUUUAAAGCCUGUUGACAUUUACUACUUACUUGAGUGCUUGCAAGGAAUUGGCUGCAUUAGACUGAUGACUUUUAAACCAAGCAGGUGUUCGCUAUUGUCAGAUCUUACCUUAGUUGAACCUGUUCCAGCAACAAUUCUGGAUGAUUUCGAAGACAUUUAUAUUGAGACUGACAAAUUAGCAAUUCUCAAAUUUGGUGCUUUGUUAAAUAAAAAACUGAAGGAAUUUGAUUUCCCAACGGAUGUCUCUGAAAAGCAUGGCACUUUUUAGUUAUCAAGCGUCUCUCAAAAUUCACUUUCAACGAGCAGUCAAAUUUACCAGACGGUACAAAGGGUCAAUUGUAUUGCACAAGGUGUUCCACCGUCCAAUUUUCCGAAUUGCCGCUUCCUUUUCAAAAGGAGAAAAUCGACUGAAUCUGGAGAAAAUUUCAACUCAUCGAAAAAUGUAAGUUAUUCGAAUUUUUUGCAAUAUGUAAAAAUACGAGUCGAUCAAUGUCAACUUAACAUUCCUGAAAAGGUCGACCUACGGAAGUUUAUACGCUGAACAGAUGUUUUAUGAAUGACAAGCUAACCCAAAUAAAAGAUUUUGGUGAUUUUUUUCAUUAAUUGUGAAGUGGAAUUUUAAGUUCAUUGAUUCGAUUCUUUUGUGUGGGUUAAAUUCUAUUUAAUAACCAGAGGUGGAUAAAUCUUUUGAAUAGAAAAAUGUACUAGGCGUUGGGUUAAUUACAAACAGUAAGAAACCUAGCUAUACAAUUAGAUUUGAAACGUAAUCACAAGAACCCCAAAGGGGGGACAAUAAUAAUGAAUGGGCCAGAAAGUGAGUCUCACUUACACACAAGGACACUUGUAACUCUAUAAUAGACGUUCUGCUCCAGCAGCAUAAGACACAAAGUGAACAGUUGGAGAGCGAUAGGUGGCAGAACAGAUACGGACGAAAUGCAGACCUGCGCGGAAGUUAGUACCGCGAGUGGCGAGGGGCGCCUACCAAGAGACAGGAUGGAAUGACCGCUUAUUGGCCAAUAUCACACAGGACGCGAGGUGGGUUCUUGCGAGGAGACGUUUCUAACGCAAGUUGAGUAAACAAAAAUGGAGGAGGGGCGUACGGAAUUGAACACGUAGCGAAACAAACUAAAGAACAAAAAUAUUUGGGACAAAGGGUUACUAAGUUGUUACGAAAAUAGCCGCCAGGAAAUUACUGGUAUUGGUUGUCAAAACGAUUACGUGGGCUAAACCGGACAUACGAUCCAAAUCGAUAAAAGAGUCUUUACACUGGCGUUUAUCCGGAAGUGGGGAAGACACCAAAGUUAAUAUUAAUAUCGAAGGCAGCAGGACCAUACCGAAUCAGCCUUCUGGAUUUUGCAGGAAAAUCAUGGAAAAGGUAACGCCUAAUAUAGGUACCUUCAAAAAGGGCAAAACAAAGACGGUUGGGGAUGGCAAAUGGAGUACAUGGCGAACGAGGAAGAUCGGUUUCGCUGCAUUCCUCUAUUUCAGGAAACCAGAAGGGAAAGAGAUAAAUUUAGUUAGCCAAGUGCCACAGGGAUCAUAGUUCUUGGACCCCUGUUAUAGAAUGUUGUGUACGAUGGGGUGUUAAAGGUAAGCUUCAUUCAUGCCAGACUAGAUUAAACCUUCAAGUGGUCCAUAUUAGUAUCCGAAAUAAUAGCUAAUAUGGUAUUGUUGA